CAUUUUUAACAGAUCCGACUUGCAUCAGCGUGGAGAGCAGCACUCGCCGGCAAAGUUACUACCAGAAGCAGCUUGCAUUGUUUUAAAGUAACAAAAAUUAAACCCGGUGUUUGUUUUGUUUUAUAGCGGAAUAGUUGCCAACGGCCACAUGAAGCUGUUCGUAAGUGAAGGUAACCCGCACUGUCUCAAGGUGUUAGUUGCGGUGGAAGUGACAGGAGUUCAGUGCGACGUUCAGUAUGUCAACCACGAAGAAAACGUGGUGCCUUUCCUUAGCCGUCCAGCGUUGCCAGCUCUGCUCCUGCCCAGCGGACUACACCUAUUCAGUGCCAAUGCCAUUUGCAGAUACCUGUUUGAAGUAAACGGACAAGAAUCCAGUGACCUUUGCAAUCAGUGGCUGGAAUGGGAGGCCAGAGAUCUUCAGCCUGCACUGCUGCAGGCUCUUCACAUGGCAGUGCUGCAGGGAAAGGGUUCUGAGGUGUCCAAGGUCCUCCAGGGCCCCCUAAAUGUCUUGGACCAAAGCUUGAGCAAGGGGAGCGUGCUAUAUCUUACUGGGGAAGCUGUUUCACUUGCUGAUGUUGUGUUGUGGGCUGCACUGUACCCUGUUUUGUCUGAACCUUCACUAACAGUUGGUGAACACAAGUCUUUGAAAGCCUGGUUUGACCGUGUGACUUCUGUGCGCGGUUGUCUGCCUGCUGCUCAGAAAGUGCUUCAGGGAAAAGGCCUGCAGGGCAUGAAGAGCUACAUGCAGAGGCAGCCUGCCCCUCAGAGCAGCCAGUGCAGAGACACACAGCCAUGCAACAGCAACCCUGCUGAGUGCGAAGAAAGUGAGCGUUUUGUUUCAGAAGAGGAAAUGGAAGCAGCUGUUCUCACAUGGAGGAAGGAUCUGAACACCGACCCUGUCGCUACAAGCAGACAACACCCAAUUUUGCCACAGGAGGGCAGGCGAAACAUCCUGGUGACCAGUGCUUUGCCUUAUGUCAACAAUGUCCCCCAUCUGGGCAACAUCAUUGGUUGUGUCCUCAGUGCUGACGUCUUCUCAAGGUAUGGGCGCCUGCGAGGCUGGAACAUGUUGUUUGUGUGUGGCACAGACGAGUACGGCACAGCUACAGAGAACAAGGCCAGAGAGGAGGGCCUGACACCGCAGCAGAUCUGCGAUAAGUACCACGCUGUUCACUCCAGCAUCUACAAAUGGUUCCAGGUCGACUUCGACUUCUUUGGCAGGACCACCACGGAGAAGCAGACCGAGAUAGCUCAGAAUAUUUUCUGGCGACUCCACGAGCGCGGCUUCCUAGUAGAAGACACCGUGGAGCAGCUACGCUGUGAAAGCUGUCAGCGUUUCCUGGCCGACCGCUUCGUGGAAGGCAUCUGUCCACACUGCAGCUACCCAGAAGCUCGCGGUGAUCAGUGUGACAAAUGUGGGCGGCUCAUCAACGCUGUGGAGCUCAGGGAACCACAGUGUAAAGUCUGCAAGCGGACUCCCAUCAUUCGUUCCUCCAAACACCUUUUCCUGGACCUGCCAAAGCUAGAAAGUCAGUUGGAGCAGUGGCUGGACAAGUCAACCAGCACAGGAGACUGGACAGCAAAUGCCAAACAGAUCACCCGCUCCUGGCUGAGAGAUGGACUCAAACCUCGUUGCAUCACCAGGGACCUGCAGUGGGGAACACCAGUGCCUCACCCUGACUUUAAAGAGAAGGUGUUCUACGUGUGGUUUGACGCCCCCAUCGGUUAUCUGUCCAUUACCGCCAACUACACUGACAAAUGGGAAAAAUGGUGGAAGAAUCCUCAUCAGGUGGAGCUGUACAACUUCAUGGCCAAAGAUAAUGUGCCGUUCCACAGUGUGGUGUUCCCAUGCUCCCUACUGGGAGCCCAAGACAACUACACCCUUGUCAAUCACCUCGUUGCCACUGAAUAUCUGAAUUACGAGGACACGAAGUUCUCCAAGAGCCGUGGCGUGGGUGUGUUCGGAGACAUGGCAAAGGACACGGGCAUCCCGUCUGAUGUGUGGCGAUUCUACCUCCUCUACGUGCGUCCAGAGGGACAGGAUUCAGCUUUCUCUUGGGCCGACAUGGCUAUGAAGAACAACUCCGAGCUGCUCAACAACCUGGGAAACUUCAUCAACAGAGCCGGCAUGUUUGUCACUAAGUUCUUUGAAGGCUGCGUGCCUGCGAUGGAGCUACAGCAGGAAGAUAAGAAGCUCCUGGCUCUGGUGGGCUGGGAGCUGCAGCAGUACAUCCAGCUCAUGGACAAAGUCAAAAUCCGCGACGCCUUGAAACACAUCCUGAACAUCUCUCGCCAUGGCAACCAGUACAUUCAGGUCAAUGAACCCUGGAAGAAUAUCAAGGGAGGUGACACGGAGAGGCAGCGUGCGGGCACAGUGACUGGUGUCUCCGUGAACAUCGCCUGCUUGCUGUCGGUGAUGCUCUCUCCGUAUAUGCCAGCAGUCAGCCAGAUCAUCCGGGAUCAACUCAAUGCCCCUCAGUCGUGCAUAGAUACGAUGCUCCAAGGCAGCGGCAGCUUCGUGUGCGCCCUGAGAGCCGGCCACCGCAUCGGCAGGGUCAGCCCGUUGUUCCAGAAACUGGAGGCGGACCAGAUUGAGUCUUUGAAGAAGAGAUUUGGCGGACAGCAGCCCGAAGAUGAACCAACUCAAAAGAAGAACGCUGCGAGCGCUCAGCCUGCUGCUGCGCCAGCUUCUCCUGCAGCUGAGGUGGCGACAGAGAACAGAGCGGACCCGGAGAAAGCCAAGCAGCUCACACAGGCUGUGGCUGAGCAGGGGGAAAAGGUUCGCGCACUCAAAGCCCAGAAAGCGGAGAAGGCUGUGGUCACAGCAGAGGUGGCCAAACUGUUGGACCUGAAGAAACAGCUGGCCCUCGCUGAGGGGAAGAGCCCUGAGCCUGCACCUCAGAAGGGCAAGAAGAAGUGAGACUGGCAAAAAAAGAUGGAGGCUAGAGGAAGAGUCGGAGGAAGGGGAAGCGGAGAUGGUUAGAGGUAUGAUAGUAGAGAAUGGGAACAAGAUGUACACUAAGAGAGAGAUGAGGAUGAGGGUAUUAGCUUAAGGCAAAGCCGUGACAGGAUCUAAGACAAUGUGGUAUUGGCACUGAGGACUAAUGAAAUGCUGGAUAGGCCGACGGGGAAAUGAAAACACACAAAGAGAGAGUCAAAUGAAUACAGCUACAGAAUGGAGGGAUUUUUCCAAAUCCCUACACCAAAAGAAACUGAUUUUAUACUCUCCCUGUGAUAAAGUCAGCAUAUGAUAUGAGCGGUGGAAGGUGUGUGUUGCGCAUCCAAGAUGUUUUUUUUUUUUUUUUUUUUAAUAUCCUCUGGAAAAUAGUUUUGUUUUUCUAUUUCUUUUUGCUACAAGUACCCCCUUUUAGAUCCAUAAUAAACUGAAUAAUAAUAAAAUAAUAAGUUAAAUUGUUCUCCUUCCCCAUUUCUCAAAUAUCUCUGGUAUACACUAUUUUCUACGAAAUAUGUAUAUGAUGCCGCAAGUCAUAUGAAAAAAGUAAUAAACAUACGUGACUAAAAUUGCA